GUUUCCUCAUUUCUAAAAAUUUUUUUAAUAAAAUUAUCAAUAGCCUCCUCUUCACAAACAUUCCUCAACAAAAUGUCAAACAAUUCAUUACCCCAAUUAAUUACUUCAACAACUCUAAAUGUGAUUGGAGAAUUAACAAAGAAUAUUAAUAAUGAUAAUGAUGAACAAUUUAAACAUCAUUUACAUCCACCUGUAGAAUUUCCUUCUUCAGUUGAAAUUGAGGAAAAAGAAAUUCUUCUACAAAAUUGUUUUGAAUCUGACCGUUUUGUGCAGUUUCAAUAUACGAUGGACGAUCUUCUUUUGGCUGCAUCAACAGGAUCUACUUUAUUUAAUUUAUUAGUGAUAUUUUGUGCUUUCCGUUUAUUUAAAAGAAGUGGGGAUACAAUGCAUGUAUUCAUUAUUAAUAUGACUUUUGGAGAUCUUUUAUUAACUGUUUUUUGUCAUCCAAAUGAAUUUUUAAUAAGAAAACAUGCAUUUCUUCGGCAUGUUCACCUUUGUGCCAUAAUACACUAUUGUAACUGGUUAGGGCUAGCAGUAUCUGGAUUAUCACUAACAUUAUUAAAUGUCGAUAAAUUAAUUUACUUUCGAUGGCCACUUUCCUACGAACGUGCAAUGUCUAAAAGGAGGGCUGUUUGUUUGUGUGUCGGUGUUUGGGGUGUUUCUUUAGGUUUUGUUUCCUAUGUUUGGUUGGAAAAUAUUGUUUUUGUUACAACUGAUUGUAUGCUACAAAUGGCUGAUAAUUCCAAAUAUUUUUAUGAAAUAUUUAUGAUUUUAUUUUGUGUUUUACCUGUCAGUUCUUCUUUAGUUGUUAGUACUUAUUUAUUUAGACUAACAAGACAAAAAUUAAAUUCACCUAUUGGCCCAACAAGUCAAGCUGCUAAUGUUGAUAUGCCUACUUUUAAAAGCAAAUUAAAAUCCCUCGUAUUUAUUUUUGCAACAACAGCUUGGACUUCAUUCUCUUUAUUGCCAUAUAGAAUAUUUAAUAUUUGUAGAAUUCACUUAUUUGAUUGGCCAAAUAUUGGGUGUGAACAAAGGGUUAUUAUGAAUUGGAUUGCUUGGAUAUUGCUAUAUUUAUUGACUUUAAAUCCUAUAGUAAAUCCAUUAAUUACAACACUUAUUUAUGCUCCCUAUCGUUUACAUUUAAAGAGAUUAUUGUUACACAUUCCACGUGGUAAUAGACUUCAAUAUAGUGCUUAUACAAGGGAUGCUAAUACAGAAAAUAGGUAA